CCCCUGCUUUUUGUUUCCAGGAGCCGGUGUCUGGUCGAGGCAUUGGUGAUUUCGCUCUAUCUCGUUUAACUCCUCUGUUUACAAACACCAAGAGGGAACAACUCUGCCUUCUCUUUAUUUCCCUUUGUUUUUAAAAGAGAGAACACAUCGAGUCAACGUUUCUGUCUUCGGCUUGGUUUUUCCUUUACUUCCCUGGACCGCGGGCGGAUUUUGUCUCCUCUAUCUGGAUGAAAGGAUCCCUGCCGCAUUUUUUUUGUUCCUGCAACGUGGACACGCAGCGCGACGAGCAGCGACGGGAGGCUCCUUCUAUCGGACUAAAAGGUUACCGCCGAGCGUCGCCGCCCUGGAUCUGAUCGACGGAAUGCUGCUGUCCAAGCUCAAUUCUCUGGCUCACAUCUCCACCGUGGAUAUGCCGGCGAAAAUGCAGCUCCAAGUUCAGCAAGUGAAGGAGAAGGAGCCUUUCGAGAAGCUUUAUCAGGUCGGCGCAGUGCUGGGGAGCGGCGGCUUCGGCACCGUCUACUCCGGCACGAGGACCUCCGACGGAGCUCCGGUCGCUGUCAAGCAUGUAGCCAAGGACAGGGUGACGGAGUGGGCAGAGCUGGCCAACGGCUCGCGAGUCCCGCUGGAGAUCGUGCUCCUGAAGAAGGUCGGCACGGGCUUCCGCGGCGUCAUCAAGAUGCUGGACUGGUUCGAGCGGCCCGACAGCUUCAUCAUAGUCAUGGAGAGGCCCGAGACCGUCAAGGACCUGUUCGACUUCAUCACGGAGAAGGGCGCCCUGUCCGAGGAGCUGGCGCGCAGCUUCUUCCGCCAGGUGCUGGAGGCCGUGCGCCACUGCCACAGCUGCGGCGUGGUGCACCGCGACAUCAAGGACGAGAACAUCCUCAUUGACCUCCGCACCGGCGAGAUGAAGCUCAUCGACUUCGGCUCCGGGGCACUGCUCAAGGACACCGUCUACACGGACUUCGACGGCACACGAGUGUACAGUCCGCCAGAGUGGAUCAAGUACCAUCGCUACCACGGCCGCUCGGCCACAGUCUGGUCCCUGGGGGUCCUGCUGUACGACAUGGUCUGUGGAGACAUCCCGUUCGAACACGACGAGGAGAUCACGAAGGCACAAGUUCUGUUCCGGAGGAAAGUCUCCGCAGAAUGCCAGCAGCUGAUCAAGUGGUGCCUGUCCCCGAGGCCCGCCGAGCGCCCGUCCCUGGAGGACAUCAUCAACCACUCGUGGAUGCAGGGCGCGUCCACGUCGGUGGCGCCCCUCGCGGUGCAGACGGAGAAGUCCGCCACGGAGAUCCGGCUGCACAGCAUCGCCCACGAGCCCACCGCGUUCAUGCCCACCCCUGUGGCUGUGGGCGUGGCUCGGUGAUGGCGGGGACACAUCUCCAGACUGGUGGCUUGGUCUGAACAGCAUUCCCACAAAGAGACUAUUAAAGAGGCUUGGUUAAUAGACUUGAAAAGAGAAGAGAAAGUGUGACGGCAGAGGCCUCACAGCACCUCUCGACUCGCCGCGCUGCGGACUCUAAUCCGGGCGGCGGUCGCCCCGUGCCCUCCGAGGACGGGCGUGCACAGACGCCGAGCAGCACGUGUCCCGGCCGGUCCUCUGCGACAGCAGGCGGGCAGUGCGGGUUAUGUAACCUCCCGGCACGCUCCCUUCCUCUGAAAAGGAAGAGCGGAGGCGUCGGUGAUGACUUUAUAAAAAGAAAAGUGCCUUAUGUGAGAUUGUUUCGGGGCAGGGGAAGCCUGAAUAUACUUGAAUUUACAAACACAAAAAAGAUGGCAUCCUUUUUGUUCUUUACCUACUCUUUACAAGGCUUGUUUUUUUUUUCCUCUCACGGGCCUAGAUCAGUAAAGCCUGUGUUGUUUUUUGUUGUUUUUUUUACAACCACUACUAUCUUCACUACUCCAUGUCAUUAGCAACCAGACGACCUCAUAGCGCCGGCAGCAACUCGUGCAAACAACGUCGAAAGAGAUAGAAAGGAGAGAAAAAAAAACACUGGACUUACCUCAGUCUGUUUACUUCAACGCCCACCUCUACUCCACAACCUGUCCUUCCUCCUCCCUCCUCCUCCUCCUCUUCUUCCUGUGUUGUGCUGUUUGAUACCAACACGUUCGCAUCAACCUGAAUGCACACAACAAUGCAAAUCCCCCACCAUACCGAGAUACAAACAUCCUCUGCUCUUUAAAACGCGUCGAUUUUAUGUUUUUGUUUUGGGUUAUUCUAAACAUGUGCCUCACACAGGUCUUAAAAAAACAAUUCGGUGGGGAAAAGAAUUGUACAUAAGAAAAGAUAUUUAUUAUUGUCGUGACAGCUCUCCAACACGCAACGAGCUAUUUUUUUUGUUUUCCUGUUGUGGCAGAAGUUAUUUAUUUAUUUAUGAGAGAAUCUCGGCUGUCUAUGAAUGUAUAUAUUUCAUUCCACAGUCACUGAAGGGCCCAUGGAUUAUUUAAGAAAAAGACAAGGACGAGCUUUUUUUUUUUUCUUCCCCUUUUGGGUUUUUGUUUUUUGACCAUAUUUAUUAUGGCUUGAAAUCCUCAAAGAGCAGACAUGUGUGUAUGUUUGUGUAUGUCAUGUAAAUAAAGUGUAAAUAGUCCUGAAAA